AUGUCUUCACCGAUAAUAAAUUCCCCAAACGGACAAUUCAACUUUGCAGCUAAUUCGAGUCCAGACGUAAUAGGAGAGCGAUGUAAUGUUAUAGAGCGUAAAGCUAAAGCAUAUUUUACUAAAGUUGAAGUAGCCCAUUGUGCAGAAAAGCAAGGAUCAAGUGAAACAAAAGACAUGUCAAGAGCACAAUGGUGUACUUUUAUAGAGGCUGUGGGAAAUAAUCUUGGGUUACCACAGAGCACGAUAUGCACAGCACAAUUACUUUAUAAUAGAUUCUUUUUAUUUCAUCCUACAAAAGACUUUGCAUCUACAAAGCAAAAAACUGAUUUAUGUAUCACAUGUUUAUUUGUUUCUACAAAAAUUGAGGAAACCUAUAAAAAACUCAAAGACAUUUUGGUAGCAGCAUAUCAAGUUAAACACCCUGAGGGAACUGAAAUCAAUGCAGAGAGUCAGAUGUUAGAAGAACAAAGGCGUCGCAUUAUACAAAAUGAACGCGCGAUAGUCGAAACAAUAUGUGAUAAAUAUUUAUAUCUUAAAGCAUACAAUAUAGUCAAUGAAUGGUUUCCGCCUGCUACCAUAGCAGCGGCUUCAAUUUUUAUCGCUGCGAAAUUAUUGCACCGAGAAAAUUUUCCGUCCAUAGUUCACAAUAUACCUUGGUACAAGAUAUUUUUGGCUAGAAUUGACGAUAUCGAAGAAUCAUCAUCAAACCCCGAUGAUCCGGCUAAUGAGGAAUUUACGCAAUUGAAAUUAGCUAUAAGUCAGCAAGCUAAAGAAAGAGACGCAUCAAUGGAAGACGUAAUCAUGAAUAGAAUAGAUAUGGAAUCUAAUGAUAAUUCCUUUCAGAUGAUCAAUGGGGAAUCAAAAGAUCAUACUGUCCGGUAUAUGUUUGCAACAAUACCAGAAAUACAUUUUGUUUGA